CCGCCCCGCCGCCGGGGGCGGCUGCUUGCUCCCGAGCGCCGUCCGCCGAGCGCGCGCCAGGGCGGCUGACUUGGGCGGACGUGCGCCCACACCGCCGAGCAUGCGCAGUGUCAUCGGAGCGACCGACGUUACGUGGCUCGGAGAGGGCUGGCUGAUCAGAUAGAGCAGUUUCUGAAGCCCCGAUGACUUGUGGGAUGAGUAUCCGCCAUCCGCCCAAGCUUUUUGUCACAGCCUACGCCGUUUGCCCUUUUGGCUAUCUGGGAUUUUGACUCACUUUGUAUGGCCGUCUCCACACCAGCGUUGGGCCAGAGAAAGUUGAAACCAAACACUCACACUGAGACCUUGCAGAGUGACGUGGGAGCGUCUGGACCCGACUGACAACGACCACCGCCCAAUGGGAGAAAAGCCCGGCGACGUCCCUGUAGUCAGACCUGCCUUCGAAGGCGGCGAGGCUGUACAGUGGAUCGCGCCUGCCCGGGAGGGCCAGUUGCCCUGCACGCUAUGUGGGAAGGUGUUCGCUAACCAGUCCAAGUUGCGCCGCCACUGGCUGGUCCACACUGACGCUCGGCCCUUCAUAUGCGCCGACUGCGGUAAGGCUUUCAAGAGCGGCUCGCAGCGAUCGCGGCACCAGCGGAUCCACACCGGCGAGAGGAGCUUCAUCUGCGCCGACUGCGGCAAGGUCUUCGCAAAUUUCUCGCUCCUGCAGGCGCACCGGCGCACCCACACCGGCGAGCCACCCUUCUCCUGCAUUGACUGCGGUAAAGCCUUCAGCCACUCCUCGCAGUUGCAAAGGCACCGGCGCACCCACACCGGCGAGCGGCCCUUCUCCUGCCCGGAAUGCGACAAGACCUUCGGCCACUCUUCGCACCUGCACAGACACCGGCGCACCCACACCGCCGAGCGGCCCUUCUCCUGCCCCGACUGCGGAAAGGCCUUCUUCCGGUCCUCUGACCUGCUGGAGCACCAGAGGGUCCACACUGGGGAGAAGCCCUUCGUCUGCCCCGUAUGCGAGAAGGACUUCGCCCGGUUGUCGCAACUCAGGGCCCACCGGCGAAUCCACACGGGGGAGAGGCCCUACGCCUGUCCUGACUGCGGGAAGAGGUUUAGCAGGGCCUCCAUCUUGUUGCAGCACCGGCAGGUCCACACCGAGGAGCGGCCCUUCCCCUGCCCCGACUGCGGCAAGGCCUUCAAAAGCCCCCUGAACCUGAAGCAGCACCAUGUGAUCCACGCCGGGGAGAGGCCCUUCUCCUGUGCCGUCUGUGGGAAGGCCUUUGCCCGGUACUCCAACCUGCAGGCGCACCGCCGGGUGCACUCCAGAGUGAAGAGGUUCUCCUGCCCCGAGUGUGGCAAGGCUUUUGCGCACACCUCGAAUCUGCUGGCGCACCAGCGCAUCCACACCGGCAAGCGGCCUUUCUCCUGCCCCGACUGCGCCAAGACCUUCAUCUACGCCUCGCACCUGGUGGUGCAUCGGCGCACCCACACCGGCGAGCGGCCCUUCCCCUGCCCCGAAUGCGGCAAGGCCUUCACCCACUCCUCACAUCUGCAGGCCCACCGGAGGAUCCACACCGGGGAGAAGCCCUUCGCCUGCCCCGUCUGCGGGAAGUGCUUCACCCAGUCGUCGCAGCUUCAGACUCACCGACGGACCCACACGGGGGAGAGGCGUUACGCCUGUUCCGACUGCGGCAAGGCCUUCGCCCGCUCCAACAACCUGCGGACGCACCAGCGGGUUCACGCCGAGGAGACGAACUUUCAAGGCCUUCAACUCCUCCCGGCUCCUGCCCCACCGGGCGGCCACGUCAAGGAAAGAACCAUCGCCUUCCGUGAUCGCGAUCUCAGGCGCCCUGCUGGGAAAGACUCCCUUCACAUCAGCGUCACAGAGCGUAAACAGUGUGACGGGAUAGUUGCAUCGAGGUCUUGCGGAAUGAGUCCAGAGCGCCGGUAUCUGACCGACGAUGUCCCCCGCCUGACGGGAGGAAAGCCCGACGAUGCCUUUGCCUCCGAGGGCAGCAGGUGCGUGCGGAGGGACAGACCCCGCCCAGGACGGCCCGUUGCCCGGCAGGCCAUGCAGCGACCGUCCAUCAGGAGCCGUGCGCCGGAGUCGCGUGACGUCACGACGCGGAGCGGGCGGCUGCGGUCACGUGGGCGAUCGAUCCGGCCAACCGGCAGCUGCGGCGGCCGCUUGCUUCCCGAUAUCCGCGGCUCAUCGGUGUCUGAGAGUUUGAGCGGUGGGGUUGCUAUCGAGAAAGUAGAGGGCAAGCAUUUACAUCCGGAAAUGAGCGAGGAGAGCCAGGACCUGACUGACAAUGACCACUGCCUGAGUGAGGAAAAGCCUGACGACGUCCUUGUGGACAUCCCAGCCUCCGAGUGCGUCAAGACUGUGCGAAGGGGCAGACCUGCCGGAGAUGGCCCAAUGCCCUGCACGCUGUGCGGGAAGGUGUUCCCCUACGAGUCCAUGCUGCGGCGCCACUGGCUGGCCCACACCGAGGCCCGGCCCUUCAUCUGCGGCAUCUGCGGCAGGGCCUACAAGAGCAACCAGGACUGCACGCGGCACCAGCGGAUCCACACCGAGGAGAAGAGCGUGGCCUGCCCCGAGUGCGGCCGGGCCUUCACCCACUUCUCGCACCUGCAGGCGCACCGGAGGAUCCACACCGGGGAGAAGCCCUUCUCCUGCCCCGUCUGCGGGAAGUGCUUCACCCAGUCGUCGCAGGUCCAGAGGCACCGGCGGAUUCACACGAAGGAGAGGCGCUUCACCUGCUCCGACUGCGGCGAGGUUUUCACCCGUUCCAACAACCUGCAGAUGCACCGCCGGCCGUCCUCUUUGCGGGACAAACAGAAGGAUGACGCCUCUGGGUGUUUGGAUUGGCGAAUGCGACUGCCAAUCAUCAGCUACGCGCAGGGAUUUGCAGGACGUCACCACGUAGGGAAGGCGUUACUGUCACGUGGGAUGUCGGUUCGGCCAACCGACAGCAGAGGCCUUUGCUUCCCGAUUUUGCGGCUCAUCUGGUCGGCGUUUCCUUACGGAUUCCCCCGCCUUCCACCGCUGGCGAUGGGCGCGAAGCACGAUGACGUCCUUGCGGAUGUCCCGGCCCCCGAGGACGGCCAGGGUGCACUGAGGGCCCGGCCCGAUCGCAAGGGCCCCUUGCCCUGCACGCUGUGUGGGAAGGUGUUCCCCUACGAGUCCGUGCUGCGGCGCCACUGGCUGGCCCACACCGAGGCCCGGCCCUUCAUCUGCGGAGACUGCGGCAAGGCCUACAAGAGCAACCAGGACUGCACGCGGCACCAGCGGAUCCACACCGAGGAGCGAAGCGUGGCCUGCCCCGAGUGCGGCAAGGCCUUCACCCACGUCUCGCACCUGGAGGCCCACAUGCGCACCCACACCGGCGAGCGGCCCUUCCCCUGCCCCGAGUGCGGCAAGGCCUUCCGCCACUCCUCGCACAUGGAGAGGCACCAGCGCACCCACACCGACGAGCGGCCCUUCUCCUGCCCCGACUGCGGCAAGGGGUUCCGGCACUCCUUCCACCUGCAGAGGCACCGGCGCACCCACGCCGUCAGGCAGCCCUUCUCCUGCCCCGACUGCGGCAAGGCCUUCCGCGACUCCUCCCACCUGCUGGAGCACCGGAGGACCCACACCGGGGAGAAGCCCUUCAUCUGCCCCGUCUGCGGGAAGAGCUUCACCCGGUCGACGCAGCUGCAGGACCACCGGCGCACCCACACGGGGGAGAGGCCCUACGCCUGCCCCGACUGCGGCAAGAGCUUCAGCACGUCCUCCAUCCUGCGGCAGCACCGGCAGGUCCACACCGAGGAGCGGCCCUUCCCCUGCCCCGUCUGUGGCAAGGCCUUCAAAAGCCCCCUGAACCUGAAGCAGCACCACGUGAUCCACACCGGGGAGAGGCCCUUCUCCUGCACCGUCUGUGGGAAGGCCUUUGCCCGGCACUGCAACCUGCAGGCCCACCGGCAUGUGCACGGCAGUGUGUAGUGUGUAGCGGGUUGCUCUCCCCAGACUAAGAAUCUGCUGGUACUUUUGCAAGCCUGAGCCACCAGGCAGCUCUUCUGCUGCCCCCCGGGUGGCAAGAGCUUCAUUCACACACCGGGAAAAGCCCUUUGCCUGCUCCAUCUGCGAGAGGUGCUUCGCCCAGUCGUGGUAGGUCCAGAAGCCCUAUACAUGGUUUGUGUUUUGCCCUGGGGUGCCCUUCUGUCUCUGUAUAUAUGUGGUUUGUUCGCUCUCUCUGUGGCCGCAUGGGUUUCCCGUUCAGCUGCUCCGCAGAGGUGUCUGUCGAGGGUCAGAGUCUGCGCGGGGCUGACCGGGCGACGCGGCUGCCGGCCAGCGACCUUCGUGGGGAGCGUGAGAUGGGAUCCGGUCAGGGGACACGGCACAGUGCGGGCCCUGCUGCCCGCGAUGGAUCUAGAAUUCAUUCAGACUGCUAUACAGGCCGAGUGACUGGGUGCAUUUGAAGCGGAAGGUUGACAGCUUCUUAAUGAGCAAGGGCGGGAAAGGUUACGGGAAGAAGGGAGCAGAAUGGGGAUAAUAAAUCAGCCGUGAUGGAAUGAUAGAGCAGGUGUGAUGGGCUGAAUGGCCUAAUUAUUCACCUUAUGGUCUGACAUCCAAUCUCUUCUGCCCAUACAAAAUCCAUACCCCUCUUCCCUGUAAAUCCACGUACCUAAUGGCCUCUGGAACAACUCUGUCAGCUCGCCUGCCAGCGCAGACCCUACACCCACAGCUGUCUGAGAGAAAAAAAACUAUUUGCCUCACUCAUCUCCUUUGAACUUGCCCCCCCCCCCCCAUAACUCCAGGUUAGGGUGAGAGGCAGCUCGGGGCCUUGGACUGGAUAUGUGGUAUGUUAUUUUUUUGCGUGACUUGUUUCUCUUCACUAUUUUGUGUCUGUUUUGCACCUUGGUUCCAGAGGAACACUGUGUCAUUCACCUGUAUCCAUGUCUAGUUGAAUGAUAAUUAAACUUGGUUUGACGUCC